GGCUGAGGGGUAGUCCCGGAGCUGAUAGAGAGAAAAAAAAUCCAAAAUACUUAACCUAACAGCUUAGCAGCCCGGGCACUUUAGCUUACCUGCCUUAGGUACUUUGCAGUAUUUAGGUAUUUAGGUAUUUGGGUAUUUAGGUAUUUUAGGGUAUCUUUCUCCUCCGUCCAUUUCUUUCCCUUCUUCUCCUCAUCUUUCCCUUUCCCUUUCCCUCACCAUUCCAACCUACCUCACUUCCCCUCGGGCGUCAUCUAACAUCCGUUCUUUCCGCUUGCUCAUCCUCCUUCACCGCCCCUCACACGUAUCAGCUAUCUCAAGAUGGCUGCUCCCGCUAGCAAGUUCAAGGUCGCUGACCUCUCUCUUGCCGCCUUUGGCCGCAAAGAGAUCGAGCUCGCGGAGAACGAGAUGCCCGGUCUGAUGGCUAUCCGAAAGAAGUAUGCCGCCGACCAACCCCUCGCCGGCGCCCGCAUUGCCGGCUGCCUACACAUGACUAUCCAGACCGCCGUCCUGAUCGAGACAUUAACGUCUCUCGGUGCCGAGGUUACCUGGACCUCUUGCAACAUCUUUUCCACCCAGGACCACGCCGCCGCCGCCAUCGCUGCUGCCGGUGUCCCCGUCUUCGCCUGGAAGGGCGAGACCGAGGAGGAGUACAACUGGUGCUUAGAACAGCAACUCACAGCUUUCAAGGACGGCAAGAAGCUUAACCUAAUCCUGGACGACGGUGGUGACUUGACCCACCUCGUUCACGAAAAGUACCCCGAGAUGCUGAAGGACUGCUUCGGUGUUUCUGAGGAGACCACCACCGGUGUCCACCACUUGUACCGAAUGCUAAAGAACAACACCCUCCUCGUCCCCGCCAUCAACGUCAACGACAGCGUCACCAAGAGCAAGUUUGACAACCUAUACGGCUGCCGCGAGUCUCUGAUUGACGGUAUCAAGCGCGCCACCGACGUCAUGAUUGCCGGCAAGAUUGCCGUCGUUGCUGGCUUCGGUGACGUCGGCAAGGGUUGCGCCAUGGCUCUUCAGGGAAUGGGUGCCCGCGUCCUCGUUACCGAGGUCGACCCCAUCAACGCCCUCCAGGCUGCUAUGGCCGGCUUCCAGGUUACCACCAUGGAAAAGGCCGCUCCCGUCGGCCAGAUCUUCGUCACCACCACCGGCUGCCGAGAUAUCCUUGUCGGUUCUCACUUCGAGGCCAUGCCCAACGACGCAAUUGUUUGCAACAUUGGCCACUUCGAUAUCGAGAUCGACGUCGCCUGGUUGAAGACGAACGCGAAGAGCGUUCAGAACAUCAAGCCUCAGGUAGAUCGUUUCGUCAUGGCCAGCGGCCGACACAUUAUCCUCUUAGCCGAGGGCCGAUUGGUCAACCUUGGCUGUGCCACCGGCCACUCGUCCUUCGUCAUGUCUUGCUCCUUCAGCAACCAGGUUCUAGCGCAGAUCAUGCUGUUCAAGGCUCAAGACAAGGCUUUUGGUCAGAAGUACGUCGCUUUCGCCAAGACGGAGAAGCUUCCCGUCGGCGUCUACGUGCUGCCCAAGGUCUUAGACGAGGAGGUCGCCAGGCUGCACCUUAGCCACGUCAACGCCGAGCUCACUACUCUUACCAAGGUUCAAAGCGAAUACCUUGGACUGGAGCUUGAGGGUCCUUACAAGAGCGACCUCUACCGAUACUAAUUUCAGCCUUGUACAUCAAUUACUAACGUGCACGAUGGUCAAUAUUGUGUAUCUACAGUCGAGUUCAUAUAUAGCUCGCGUAACCCCCUCGAUUAAGUAGGGGUUGGUCUGUGUUUCAACAAGCAUGAGUCUACGCAUCAACUGGCAUUGGGGAAAUAGGGCAUGAGGAAUCAAAAAGGGCCAGGAGUGCCGGCAGGUCAUUUUUUUCAACAAAAACGGCGUUGGCAUUUUUAUCUAUAACAUGAUUCCCCUCAUGGCGUUUUGAGAUUUCAAGGACCGAGGAACUAGUCGGCCAAGGUUCGUGCAGCUAGAGCAACAGCUGAGCAAUAUCCGUCAACCGGAUCUGGAUAGAAAAUAGAAGCAGCCACUGCGCAUUUUCUGUCUAAA